UCUGCUCCACUGCAGCCAGCCCACAGCCAUGGCUCCCCGAGGUCGCAUCCUGGCUGUCUUGGCCGCUGUCUGCAUCCUCACGCUCCUCUGCUCACACGGAGCCCCAGUGUCCCCCAUGGGCGCCCACCUGAUGCUGUGCCAGCCGCACCUGACCUGUGGGGACAAGUUCUAUGACCCUCUGCAGCACUGUUGCUAUGACGACGCUGUGGUGCCCUUGGGCAGGACCCAAAAGUGUGGCAACUGCACCUUCAGGGUCUGCUUCGAGCAGUGCUGCUUCUGGUCACUCAGACCCCUGGAGUCCUUCAUGGUGAAGGUGAAAGGCCAGAGUUGCUCCUUGGCCCUGUCCCCGGAUGACAGGCUUUGUCGCAGUGUCGGCUGACAGAGGACCAGAUGACCGGGUGACCGCUGGAUUCUGCUUCCUGAAUGAGCCUGGGGAGACGGGCCUGGUGUAGACUAAGAUCUGGGACGCGGAGGGGUUCUCUCGGGACUUGAGACGCUCGGACUCAGUGCUGUCUUCUCGUUCUUUCUCCUCUUUAACGCUCAGCCUGAAUCCGUCCUAAGCAGGGGGACUGGUAUCCUCUAGGAUCCAUGAUUAAUAAAGCUUGUUCCUCACAUUUC